AUGUUGAUGCCUUCACUGCCUUAUGUCACCGAUGUCGUCAAAGUCGUUGAUGUCUUCUAUGUCGUCGACUCCGCCAAGUUCACCAAUUUCGCCCAUGUCGCUCAGCUCGCUGAUUUUGCUUCUAUCGUCAAUAAUGUCUAUGCCGCUCAUAGCAUCCAUGUCGCUGACUUUGUGCCUGUUUUUGAUAUUGUUGCGGUUGUCGAUGUCGUCAGGGCUCAAUUCUCGCAGGAGACAGUAAGAGCCUCCUUUCACUGCCUUGGCCAGUCGAACUGCGGCCUUCAAAGACGGUCUGCCGACCUGAGACUUGCGAUUGAAUUGCCACAGUCUAACAGACUCUUAAACGAGACAGAGGAUGAGCAGCCAGAGCCUUUGUGCCUCGGUUCUCUGCAUCUGCCUACCUCUGCCCGACAAAACGGACCACAUGUUUGA